AUUGUUCUUUAUUUUGGGAUCUAUUGUUCAUACUGAGUUUUUGAUUGGGGAGAUGGAUAAUUUGUUGUUGAUUAAUAUUGGAGUUGUCUUUGUUUGGCUUGAAUUGGUUGAUUCAACUGGGUUUUGAGCUUGAUUUAAGGGGAGGGGAUAGAAAUAAUUUAUGCUAACAGUUUGUAUAAUUUGAAGCUAUGCGGAUUGAAUGGAAGAUUGUUGGGUGUUUUAGCUUGAAAGUUGACCUAUGAGUGAUUCUUCUCUUUUGUCGUACUUUUGCUCUCUUUUCCCCUUUGCUUGAAAGUUGCGAUUGCUCGUAGGUGAUUAUCCUGUAAUUCAGUAAUUGGUUGUCUCACAGAACUGCGAAUGUCACUGAUAAACCUAUACUUACUAGUCCCGAACAUAUAUUAGGAGGAGAUACUGUGUCACAUAUUAGGAAACCUAGAGUAGUCAUAACUAUGUCUUCUGUUUUCCUGUUUUGGGAUAUGCCCGAAAGCAUAUGAUACCUGGUGUUAGUUGAGUAUGUUUUACUGGGUUACCGGGGCAUGCUCAUACAGUCAUACAUGAAACAAAACUGAAAACCUUGUAUAAUUGUUUGGCAAGCUUAGGUUAUUGAGUAUAGAACUGAUAGUGUCUCGAGGAAAUCAUGAUGUGAAUCUGAGGCAGGUCACUAUAUCAAGCAUUAACUUGAAGGAGACAAAUUGUUUGUGGCUAUUACGGGCUCGGGCGCUUCAGGUUUCUGGAGGGCUGUCAUAGGCGGCUUACGACUUUUUGGGUUUUGUUACUGAUUCUUUGGAGUUUAGAGGUCGAUUGGUUUUGCAGCCUUAUAGGCACCACUUUUGAAAUUUUUUAACAGAUCAAUGUGAGGUAUUUAAAUAUAGUACACAAAUGGGUCUGAUAUCUGACAAGGUUUGUAAGAGAUGAUUGUGUUUAAAGUGAAAUUUGUGAAGAUUUUAUCAGUUGCUUUAUAGAUAUCAAUUAGGACACACUCGGUCUGAAUUUUGGAAUUAGGGUGUUUUACUGCGUUGGCCUGAAUGGGAACCGGGGAAGAGGGCGCUCCUGCUAAAGCUUCUAAACCAGCAUCUUCAACUCAGGAAAUACCAACAACACCCGCAUAUCCUGAUUGGUCAAACUCUAUGCAGGCUUAUUAUGGCGCUGGAGCUACUCCACCACCAUUUUUUGCCUCAACUGUUGCUUCUCCAACUCCCCACCCCUAUAUAUGGGGAGGCCAGCAUUCUCUACUCACACCAUACGGGACACCAGUUCCAUACCCAGCUUUAUAUCCUCCAGGGGGUGUCUAUGCGCACCCAAAUAUGGCCAUGACUACAAAUCCAGUGCAAACAAAUACAGAACCGGAAGCAAAGGGUGCCGAUGGAAAAGACCGAAACUCAGCCAAAACAUCUAAGGGUACUGGAGGAGGCAGGGCUGGCGAGAGUGGAAAGGUUACUUCAGGUUCAGGAAAUGAUGGUGCCUCUCAAAGCAAUGCUGAAAGUGGUAGUGAAGACUCAUCGGAUACUAACGACGAAAAUAAUAACCAUCAGGAAUAUGGUGCAAAUAAGAAGGGAAGCUUUGACCAGAUGCUUGCUGAUGCCAAUGCGCAGAAUAGCACUAGAAAUAUUCAGGCUUCAGUGCGUGGGAAGCCUGUAGGCUCUAUGCCUGCAACUAAUCUAAAUAUUGGUAUGGACUACUGGAACCCGUCUUCUGCUGCUACCGGAGCUGCAAAAGUGAGGCCUAAUCCAUCUGGUGCCUCAACCGCAGUUGCUCCUAUUUCAAGUGUAAUGCCAGACAAUUGGGUCCAUGAUGAACGGGAAAUGAAAAAACAGAAGAGAAAACAAUCUAAUAGGGAGUCUGCCAGAAGAUCAAGAUUACGCAAGCAGGCGGAAUGUGAAGAGCUACAAGCCAAGGUGGAGACAUUGAACAAUGACAAUCACAACCUUAAAGAUGAACUAAAGAGGCUUUCUGAGGAAUGUGGGAAGCUUACUUCUGAAAACAAUAGCAUUAAGGAAGAAUUGGUGCGGCUGUGCGGACCAGAAGCACUAGAAAACCUUGAACAGAGCAAUAAUACAUCGCUCGCCCAGUGCCGUGGUGGCGAGGGAAACAGUUAAUAGGGAAACCUUUUAGAGAUCACACAGCCAGCCAAAACUAUGUGUUUUUCAUUUCUAGACAUUGACUGGCUUCGGUUGAGCAUAGAAUAUUAAUCUUCCUUACUGAUCUAUACCCUUAACCCUUAUUUUGUAACUGUUAACAUUUAGUUUCAAAAGUUUAACUCCGUUCAGGCCUCGAAUCGAUCGGAAGAACACCAUUGUAUGAAAUUUCUAUUGAGUACAGAAAAGUGAUUGUCCAAA